UGGUAACGAGGUUGCAGUUUCCGUGGAAAUUGGAACAUUUUGUAAACACUAGGAGCUCGUUUCAUCAUUUUCCAACUUUAAAUAAUUUACAAUAAUAUGUUUUAUUUCCAUUGAAAGCAGUUGUUAGCUGAUAUCAAGAUAACCCUUUUUGCAAAAAUUCAACACAAGCUUGCAGCAAGAACUUGAAACUGGUGGAAAUUGGCUUUGGUCGUGACUUUACAAGACGCCAUUCUUGGCUCACGUGGGUUCUUUCGUUCGAAAAUGGAAUUUCAGAAUCAUUCCACUGAAUUUGACCCAUAUAUAAGAGAAGCAAAUAUCCUUGUUGAUGCAGUUAUAAACAAUGCACUUGCGAUUAACGAGGAAUAUUUGAUCGGUGGCGGAUCCAACGACAAAGAGGAUCCUGAAGAACUCCGUCACAACGCUGAAGUAGGCCGUCACAACGCUGAAGUGGAUCCUGAAGAAAAACCGGAAGAAGAAACAGUGCACAUGGACACAACAGGAGCAAUUCCAAAUAUUAAAUGGCUUACUGGGAAAGAAUUUACAAUUGAAGCAGGGAAAAAUAAGAUAGACGAAUUUCUGAAGACUUGGGAGAGGGAUGCUGGUUGGCUUUACUGCAUCGAUUAUCUUGGUAAAGAGGAGCAUGACUGUGACUUUCGAUACAGAUAUAAAGUUAUGUGGAGCAUUCCAACAAGAAGGAAACCAAUUCCUAGAGCAACUGCAUCUGUGUAUUUUACAAUGAAAGUAAAUAAAUUUAAACCAAAGACAUUUCCAGUGGAUGUAUACUACAUCUUUGAAACAAACACUUUGGUUCACAGGCCUGGCGAGUGCAGAUUCCAGCAAAAGUGGCUCAAAGACAUUAUUGAUAGUAAAAUAAUUCUAAUCGAUGGUGUAAAAUUUUAGUUAUAGACAUUUUGAUUAUUAGAAUUUUUAAUUUAUCAA